AUGAACAACAACGGCUUCACCUACAUUGCUAAGGGCUUCUGGCUCAUUGCAAUGAUCAUGAUGGGCUACCAUAUCGGCGAGACCAUCUUCUUUUCCCUACCCCCUAUUGACGUCUACAUCCACUGGUUUGCGGCCUUCUUUAUGGUUCUUCACCUCAUCCCUCUUCUUCCCUGGGUCCAUCUGUGCCUUUGGGAUAUCUUUGUUGGCUCAUAUGCCACAUCACUUGCCUAUUCUCCCGAAAAGGCGAAGAAAAUCGAGGAUCGCUUCGCCCGUUACCUCACAGUCUACCUCCUCCCCUUCUGGGAUUGGGGGUUUGGUCUCUUCACAAAGACUAUUGGAGUUGUCAUCAAACUUGUUUACAACAUUGCCUUUGACUUUGAAAACAAGGUUUUGAACAAUCCCAUGGUCGAUCCUUAUACCCUUCGCCUCCGAAACUGCAUCCGCAUCAGUCGUGGUCAGAAACCCCUUACCCCAGUUCGACAGCCUUUGGCUACUACUCGAACAAGUUACACCGACUCAUCUACCUCGACUGUCAUGACCGCUGCCGAUCUCGCACGCGCUUGUAUGAAGCCAAAGGAUGUAUGCGAGCACACCGAGCUUCAGCUACAAAUUGCAAAGAGAGAGACCACCAGCCUCAUCAAGCAGUGGGACGCAGAGAUAGAAGAGUACGAAGAACAGGCAGAAAGACGUGAACGAUUGAUUGUGUCUUCACCAGCCGCCCACAAGUACAUCGCGGCAAUCCAUGACGAACGUCGCAAACGCAAAGAUGCUGAGCAGCGUCUCGCUGAGAGCGAGAAGCAAAUCACACUGUAUCGUCCUGAGUCACAGACAAUCAAAUCGCUGCAAGCCCAGAUUGCAAAGCGCGAUGACACCAUCAAGGGCUUGGAAGACAGCCUCGAAGAGGCCGACGCAGCCCGCAGGCGGGCAUACCAGCAAGCGGAAGCCGAGAAGAACAUGCUUCGUGCCCAAGCCAAACAGCGAGAGAACAAGUUCGGUAGAUGCAUGGACAAACAAGCAGAAGACAUUAGUCUUCUGACUAAGAAGCUUGUGGAGUAUCGCCGCCAGCUUGAGGAUGCGAAAACCAGCAACAAAAGCAUCAAGCAGCAAAUGCAACUCUUUCAUAGCCAGCUCACAGAGGCAAAGCGUGUCCAGGACCUUGAGAAGAACAAUCAAGAGCUGAAAGCUCAGAUCCAGCGCGUUCAGCAUGCGUACGAUACUCUGAAGGACCAACCUGCGGGGGCGAAUCGUAUCGAGAGUCUUGAGAAUACCAACCGAGACUUGAAAGUUGAGAACGAGCGUCUUCAGAUUGCGUAUGAUGCUCUGAAAGACCAGUCCACGAAGGCAAACCGUGUUAAGAGCCUUGAGAAGGCCAACCAGUAUUUGAAAGUUGAGAAUGAGCGCCUUCAGAGCGCGUAUGACGACAUCCAAAAGAAGGCUUCUGUUGAGAAGCCAGUCAAAAGUCCGCAGAGUGAGGAGAGUGAGGACCAAAUGAAACAACGCCUGCAAGAAAUGUACGAUACCGCAUGCCAGGCUCGAGAUGAGGAGUACGAGAAAAAACGCCAGGCGCUCAUAGAAGAAUUCGAGAGUGCAUGCGAGAAAAAGUUUCAGUUCUUCCAAGAAGAGUACAACAAGGAACGCCGACUUCUACAGGAUUGGCACGAUGGCGAGAUUCGCCGUGAGACACAGCGCCUCCAAAGUGAGUUUGAACGCCAGGAGCAGAGGCUGCGUGUGAAAUCCGAGGCGGCCUCUUCGCAGGGCCAGAAUGAAGCCAUCGAGCAGAUGCGGCAGAGUCUGCAGGAGCAGUACGAUGCCCAACGCGAAAGCUUAGAGAGCCGUGAGAAGGAGAUCGAGGCUCACGAACAACAAAUGGAGUACCAGAAGAAGUACACCAGGGAGCUCCUGGAUGAGAGUUUGCGUGCCCAGGAGAAGGAGACAUUGGACGAUAUUGAGAAAAAGAAACAGUCUAUUCAACAGGAGUCUCAGUGUUUCGAAGAGCUCAAGAAGAGCCUCGAGCUGCAGCAAAAUGGAAUCAACCAGCAGCAGCAAGCUUUGGCGGCGGAGAGACAGAACAUUGAGCAGCAAGCGCAAGGUCUCGAAGAACUCAAGAAAAGUCUGGAGCUGCAGCAGAGCAACAGCAACCAGCAACAACAUGCCCUCCAUUUGGAGCGCCAGAACAUUGAACAGCAGACCCAGGGUCUCGAGGAGCUCAAGAAGAGCCUCGAAUUACAGCAGAACAACAACAAUCAGCAGCAUCACGCGCUUACUCUGGAGCGACAGAACAUCGACCAGCAAGUCCAGGCCCUGGAGGAGAAGAAACAAGAGCUCGGCCAGUUACAGCACAACUUGGAACAGGAGCGACAAAAUCUCCCCAAAGUGGACGGACUCCAGGUGCAGCAGAAUAUUAAGCUGGAGAAACAGAAGCUCAAGAUGGAGAAGCAAGAGAUCAAGACUGAAAAGGAGAGCAUCGAGCAGCAGAAAAAUUUCCUCAAGGACGAGAAGGAGGCUCUGCAGCAGGUGAGAGACGCCUUGGAAGAUGAGAAGGAGGCAUUUGACCUUGUCAAAAAAUCCAUGGGAGAUGAAAAGAAAGGCUACGCGCAAUGGAACCAAAAGUUGGAGCAGGAAAAACGCAUCGUCGCCCAGCAGCUACAAGAAUGCGCCCAGCAGAAGCGUGGCCUCGAAGAAGAGAAGCAAAAUGUCGAGCAAGUCAAGAUUCAGCUGGAACAGGAUUACCAGCGCGAAGUCAAGAACUUUCAACAGAAGCAACGACUUCUCCAACAGGGAGGUGACCAUAAGAUGGACACCCAGUCUGACAGCGAUUGCCAGAAGCGAGUAAAGGAACUCGAGGCCGAUGUUGACAAUUACGAACGUCUUCUUCACGAUGAGAAGCGCAAAGACCAGCGCAUGUACCAAGAGGGUAUGCGUCUCGAAGCGGAGAACAAGAAACUGAGGGACGAGUACCAGCGCCUCGAAGCAGAGAAUGCACAGCUCAGGAGCAAGGUUCCCACCGCAGUUACGCCUCGCUCAGAACCUGUUCGACGCAACGGCGUUGUGAUGCCGCUGAUCAACAUGACAGCUGCAAAUUCCGCCGGGCCCAUGGACACCAUCGCUCUCCCCGGGCGUAUACCAUCCCCAAAGUCACCCAUUCUAUCAUCACCUUCUCUAUCGUCCCUGUUUGGGGACUCUCCCACCGCCGCACCCGAAGUAGCCAUGGGAGACUCUACCGAGUCCAACACCAAAGACGAGGAUGGCGAUACCGAGAUUAAUGACGACGAUGACCCGCUUACACAGGCUCUGAAUGAGGAAUUCGACAAGAUGGAGCUGGAGAUCAAGGCCACUACCACACGGAGAAACUCGACCUUUUCUACUUCCUUCCUUGACACGAAAAACCUCCCCAACCCUUUUGCGCAAGGCGCAUCUGCUACCGACUCGGCGCAAUCCACCUCAACAGGUGAUCAGAACAACCCUCUCACAGCCAGCGAAGAAGUCAUCUCGAAGAGGAAGAUUGCUCCUCUCAAGACCGUCCGUUUCAGAGUCGGCAACACGCAGCCCACGGCGCUCAACCAACCGCCCGCCCCUCAGGCAUCGGGCUCGACGGAUACCGCAACGGGGAAACCGAAGCUGAAGAGCGCGAUGAAGCACACUGUCUACAUCACCGUUCCCGCCACCGAAGUCGACGGAACCAUGCGGCCCAGAACCGCAAGAAAGGCACCAGUCACCGCGUCGAACUCGGCUACGCCCGCCACAACAUCGAACACGACGACUACGCCCGUCGCCGAACAGACUCGCCCAAAGACCGCGCGAAAGGAGCCAGCUACGGAGAAACGCCGUCCCAGAGUCGCGCAGAAGCAACCGCGCUCCGCAGCCUCGCUGGCCAAGUAUAAAGAGCAAGAAGCCGCCGCCGCAGAGGCAUCGUCGUCUGAUGACAAGGGCAAAGCGCCCGAGACGCCCGUCAAGGCUCCGAUGGACCCCGAAUCGAGGUAG